GCCGAGCAACUAGCGAUCUUUCCCUCUUCUCAUAUAAAACCAGGGACAACAGCAACAUUCAACAACGAUGGCGUGUCCUUCGUCAUCGAGUACCCGGCAGAUGGCUCCCCUGAAGUCAUCUGGAUCCUCGAUGAUGAUGAAGGUGAGGUUCAGGUAGGUGAUGUACAGGUAGGUGACUUCAUUCCCCAAGUUUACUCUGAUGAAGAGGAUGAGGCUGAGGAGGACUACCAUGAAGACACUGAGGAUGAAGACAUUGACGAGAUAGACUUUGACGAUGAGGACUGGGAUGUCCUGGUGAGUGACGAUGAUUCUGGGUACGGGUCCAUGAGCGAGGAGGAAGAGGAGGACGUAGAGGAUGAAGAGGAGCCUCCUGCACAGCCAGUGGAGCGUCCUGAAGAUUUGCCCCCAGUCUCUCCUCAGUCUGAAGACUCUGCUCCCCCAGCCUCCGGCCUCAGCUCAUCCACCAAGAGAUGCAGGGAGGACAGCGACACACUUCAGGUAAGUGUGAAGAGGCAGAGGUGGAUCUGUGAGGACUGCGACUGUGAGCCAAGACCCUCCACUUCAGGCCUCAGCUCUGCCACAAAGAGAAGCAGGGAGGACAGCGAUACUCCUCAGGUAAGUGGGAAGAGGCAGAGGAAGACCUGUGAGGACUGCGAUGAAGAGCCAAGACCCUCCACUUCAGGCCACAGCUCCUCCACACACAGAAGCGGAGAAGAGGACUACAGGAACUCUGCACCCUCCACUUCUGGCUCCAGCUCCUCCAUGCCCCGAAGAUAUUGGCCGAGUUCUUUCCAGUACCCGAGGAGGCCCGAUGACAGCGACUCCGAUGAAGACUGACGGCCCUGAUUGGGAAACCUUUGUGUCUGGAAGGACUGAUAAUGGCCCAUGCAGCCUCUGUGUCUGGCGAGGCUAGCACAGCCCUCGGUAGCGUCUUGCACCAGGGCUUUUUAUUUACAUUUGACUCUUUUAUUAUAGUUGAUAUUGUUGGAUGCAUUUACCAGUGAUUGGGUAAAGUCCCAGGCAGCCUUUGUGUCUGGCGAGGCUAGCACAGCCCUCGGUAGCCUCUUGCACCAGGGCUUUUUAUUUACAUUUAACUUUUUCCAUUAUAGUUGACACUGAGUGGAUGUUCCAGUGCUAAGUUAAUAAUUAUAAUACAUUAUACUUAUAUAGCGCUUUCCAAAGCACUCAGAGACAAUUUACAAAUUCAGAGACAAAACAACAACAAAAAAAGGCAAGGAACAAACAAGAGAACAAAUAAGGGAUGAGCAGAAGAAACUGUCAAUGAUUUAAAGUGUUAAACAGGUGAGGCUUGAGUGAUUUUUUGAAUAUGGAGAGAGAGGGGGAGUCUUGGACGGAUUUGGGGAGUGAGUUCCAGAGGACAGGAGCAGCGAUGGAGAAGUCCCUGUCCCCCAGGAUUUGUGUUUUGUUCCUGAUGGAGGAGGAACAGGAGGUUGGCAUCGGCAGAGCGGAGUGUGCCAUUGGAAUGUGAUAGUGGAGGAGCUCAGACAGGUAUUUGUAUGUUAUGAGGAGAGUUUUGAAAUCCUGCAGCUUAGGAGGAGAGGGAUGGACGGAGGCGGGCGAUGUUCCUGAGGUGAAAGAAGGCUGAUUUGGUGAUGUGUUUGAUGUGCUGGUCGAAGGACAGGAAUUAAUCGAAAAUGAUGCUAAGAUGUGAAUGAGGUGGAUACUGUGGAGCCAUCGAUGUUGAGGGUGAAGUUAUGGGUGGAUUUGGUGACUGCUUUUGGUACAAUGAUGAUAAUUUAGGAUUUGUGGCAGUUUAAUUGGAGGAAGUUGGUUUGAAGCCAGGAUUUUAUUUCAGUGAUGCAGUCUGUCAGGGUUGAGUGGGUGGCAGUGGAGAUUGUCUUGGUGGAGAUUAGGAGCUGGAUAUCAUCGACGAUGCAGUGGAACUGGACACCAUGACGGCGGAUUAUGUGACCAAGGGGGAAAGGUACAGGAUGAAGCGGAGGGGACCAAACUGAAUCUUGGGGGACACCUUGGAGGAGGAGAGCAGUGGGGCAUUUGCAGUUAUUGAUGGAGAUGAACUGAAGUCUGUCUGAAGUCUGAUGGAUGGAGGGAUUGAUGGUGUCAAAGGCGGCACUGAGGUUGAGGAGGAUGAGAAUGUUGAGGUUUCUGGCAUCAGAGGAGAGAAAGAGGUCGUUAGUGAUUUUAAGCAGGGCAGUUUCAGUACUAUGGUUUGAUCAAAAUCAGGAUUGGAAUGUUUCAUACAUGUCACUGACAGAG